AUGAAAAAGAAAUUAAAUAUUCCUCUUAGGAACAUUUAGCCUGACACGUAUCUCUGAAUCUUAAUUAAUAGAGUACCAUUUUCUGAGGGAGAUGGCUUAAAGUAUUGGAAGAGCUUUCGUCAUGCCAUCACAACCAUAAGGUUACUACAAAAUCCAAAAACGAAGAGAUUGAACUCUCCAGUAAUUUAUUUAUUUUAAUCUAAGGAUGAACUAACAAUAAGUGGAUACAAACCAGAUGUUCAAUCAAAACAAAGAUCAGAAAGCAGUCGUAACUUUAAUGAAGCUUUAAAAAAUAUUCAAAUGUAAUAAGUUCUUUUUACAUUCAUUGAAAAAGGAUAUCCACCUAACAGAAUAGAAGAAAUAUUAAAUAAAGAUCCAAAAAAGUAUACAUCUAGUUAAUUUAUCAAGAUAUUUCUAUGAUUAAAAGAGUGAAUACAGUUUAGUUAAUAAAAAAAAUUAGAAAGGCUUAACACCAUUAUAUGUAGCUGCUAAAUAGGGUCAUCUAGAAAUAUGUCAAAUUUUAAUUGAAAAAGGAGCCAACCCAUAAAUAUCUGUAACAAUCAAUGGCAUAGAAGAAACUCCAUUAGAAGUUGCUUAAAGAUGGAGACAUUUAAAAAUUGUUCACUUUUUAUAACAAUAUAAUUGA